UUUUCCCCCCAGGUCCCCCCUGAACACCAACCACUCCCAGCCCCACCAUGUGUGAGGAAGAAACCACCGCCCUGGUCUGUGACAACGGCUCUGGGCUCUGCAAGGCCGGGUUUGCCGGCGAUGACGCCCCUCGCGCCGUCUUCCCCUCCAUCGUGGGGCGGCCCCGGCACCAGGGUGUCAUGGUGGGCAUGGGGCAGAAGGACAGCUACGUAGGCGACGAGGCGCAGAGCAAGAGGGGGAUCCUCACGCUCAAGUACCCCAUCGAGCACGGCAUCAUCACCAACUGGGAUGACAUGGAGAAGAUCUGGCACCACUCCUUCUACAACGAGCUGCGUGUGGCCCCCGAGGAGCACCCCACGCUGCUCACCGAGGCGCCCCUCAACCCCAAGGCCAACCGGGAGAAGAUGACGCAGAUCAUGUUUGAAACCUUCAAUGUCCCCGCCAUGUACGUCGCCAUCCAAGCUGUCCUCUCCCUCUACGCCUCUGGCCGCACCACUGGCAUUGUCCUCGACUCUGGGGAUGGUGUCACCCACAACGUGCCCAUCUACGAGGGCUACGCUCUGCCCCACGCCAUCAUGCGUCUCGACUUGGCCGGUCGUGACCUCACUGACUACCUCAUGAAGAUCCUCACCGAGAGGGGCUACUCCUUUGUCACCACCGCUGAGAGAGAAAUCGUGCGUGACAUCAAGGAGAAGCUCUGCUACGUGGCCCUUGACUUUGAGAACGAGAUGGCCACGGCUGCCUCCUCCUCCUCCCUGGAGAAGAGCUAUGAGCUCCCUGAUGGGCAGGUCAUCACCAUCGGGAACGAGCGUUUCCGCUGCCCCGAGACCCUCUUCCAACCCUCCUUCAUCGGCAUGGAGUCAGCUGGCAUCCACGAGACCACCUACAACUCCAUCAUGAAGUGUGACAUCGACAUCCGCAAGGACCUCUAUGCCAACAACGUCCUGUCCGGCGGCACCACCAUGUACCCCGGCAUCGCCGACCGCAUGCAGAAGGAAAUCACAGCGCUGGCCCCCAGCACCAUGAAGAUCAAAAUCAUCGCCCCGCCGGAGCGGAAGUACUCGGUGUGGAUCGGUGGCUCCAUCCUGGCAUCCCUCUCCACCUUCCAGCAGAUGUGGAUCAGCAAACCCGAGUACGACGAGGCUGGACCUUCCAUCGUCCACCGAAAAUGCUUCUAAGCCCCUUCCUCACCCCGUGGUGGCCCCCCCUGGCCCAGGACAGGGCACCCUGCUCCUCCUCGGUCCCCGCUGCUCCUCCCCACCACCCACUGCGCAUUAAAGCCUUUUCUCCAGGCUCUGCCCCUU